AUGGCAAGUCUCGACCGCGCUAGUGAUAGGGCCACUUCAAAAUCUGGUACAAGCAAACGGGGUACACCUAACAAAAGAUGGAAGACAGAGUACGAUAAUUACUUGAUUCCAUUACUUGUGGAUCAAGUUUCAAAAGGACUUAAAUGUGAUAAGUCGUUUAAGAGGGAAGCGCUUAUGCAUGUCUGCACUUAUCAUGUUAAUGUUAAGUUCAACACGGAAUAUACUCCUGAGAAUGUGGAGAACCACUAUAGAACAUUGAAAGCGCGAUAUGCUGAGAUAAAAAAAGUCAAAGACUUGAGUGGUGCAGGGUGGGACGAUACCACAAAGACCAUGAUUCUCGAACCUGUUGUGGCGUUCACAUACAUAGAGGAUCACCCUGCUGCACGACCAUACAUUAACAAACCAAUUGAAAACUAUGAAGCCUUAAAGAUUAUUUGUGGAGAAGACUAUGCAACUGCUUCCUAUGCGACAUCUAUGUUUUCUGAGUUCGGAGAUAGAUCUGAAAAUGAAGACAACAACCUUGAUAAUGGCGACACAACUCCACUAGAACAUCCUAGUGACGAUGACGACGAUGACCAUUCUGCCCCCCAAGUUGUUAGUAGUCCAGCUACAUCAUCGACCCCUAGAUCGCAACGGUCAAAUAGGAGCCAGAAAGGUCCAUCAAUGAGUGACCUCCUAGUUGUAGUGGGUGAAAUGGCUGAUGCCAUUAAAAACCCAACCCACUGGACUGAGUACUUGUAUACGAAGGUGAUGGAGGUUGAGGGAUUUGAUGAGGCCGUGCUCGUUGAUGUGUUUGACUAUCUUCAAUUACGUGAAGGACAGGCCAGGGGGCAUGGUUGGUAUGGCGAUGAUGAGUACAAGAGCUGUGACUAUUUGCAUAGAGGUUUGGUGGUUUAUCUUUUGCAGGUUUGGUGGUUUAUCUACUUCUGUUGGAAGUUCAAGAAUGUUAACUUGUAA